CCCGCUGAAGGGGAUUGUAAUGCGUAAACAGGAUUAACUCUCUCUCCUCCAGCUGCGCGGAUCGGCCCGCGGCCUGCGGGCCGGAGUGAGCCCCCUGGGUGCGCGGAGCGCGCGGCUCGGGGAGUGGGGGAUGUGGAAGCACCGGACCUCGGAGCUGUCCCUGGGGCCCGCUUCUUCGCCGAGGGGGGCUGGGGACCACAGCCUGCGGAGCUGCUCCUGGGAAGCCGGGGCUGACGGCCGCGACGGCUCGGGCUCCUAGCGGCAGCCUCCGCUCCGCCACCUCCCUCUCUCUCCCCGCGCUUCCUCUCCGCCCACCGCGCUCCAGCCGCCCGGUCGCCGCCGGCUCAGUCCUCCGCCCCCCUGGAGCCGCCGCGCCCGCCCGCCCCAGCCAUGGGAGACCUGCCGGGCCUCGUGCGCCUCUCCAUCGCCCUGCGCAUCCAGCCGAACGACGGCCCGGUUUUCUACAAAGUGGACGGGCAGCGCUUCGGCCAGAACCGCACCAUCAAGCUGCUCACGGGCUCCUCCUACAAGGUGGAGGUGAAGAUUAAGCCCACCACGCUGCAGGUCGAGAACAUUUCCAUUGGUGGUGUGGUUGUCCCACUGGAACUGAAGUCUAAAGAGCCCGAUGGGGACAGAAUCGUAUAUACAGGAACAUAUGACACAGAAGGUGUGGCCCCAACCAAGAGUGGAGAACGGCAGCCCAUCCAGAUCACCAUGCCGGGAAAUGAGGCAAGUUAUCCUUUGGAAAUGUGCUCACACUUUGAUGCUGAUGAAAUUAAAAGGCUAGGGAAGAGAUUUAAGAAGCUCGAUUUGGACAAUUCUGGUUCUUUGAGUGUGGAAGAGUUCAUGUCUCUACCUGAGUUACAACAGAAUCCCUUAGUACAGCGAGUAAUAGAUAUAUUCGACACAGAUGGGAAUGGAGAAGUAGACUUUAAAGAGUUCAUUGAGGGAGUCUCUCAGUUCAGUGUCAAAGGAGAUAAGGAACAGAAGUUGAGGUUUGCUUUCCGUAUCUAUGACAUGGAUAAAGACGGCUAUAUUUCCAAUGGGGAACUCUUCCAGGUGCUAAAGAUGAUGGUGGGGAACAAUCUGAAAGAUACACAGUUACAGCAAAUUGUAGACAAAACCAUAAUAAAUGCAGAUAAGGAUGGGGAUGGAAGAAUAUCCUUUGAAGAAUUCUGUGCUGUUGUAGGCGGCCUAGAUAUCCACAAAAAGAUGGUGGUAGACGUGUGACUCUUGUGUAAAGAGUACCACCCAACACUUUUGCUUUCUUCUCCAUCUCUGAAGAUCUGCUCAAGACGUCCAGCAAUGCUCUCUGUGUAUUUAAAUGGAAGUAUUUUUCUCUGUGAAGCCACAUUUUCCAACAUGAGCCUCAUGAAGCCCAACUAAGUGUUAUUGAACUCUUAUUCUCUCAAUAACUCAGUGUAGCACUUUAAAGCUGAAGGACAGCAGCAUGAAAAGAGCAUAUCAAUGUGGCGAAGAAAGGGAAGGGGUUGGCUUUUUAAUUUAUUUUUCUUCAUCUUUUAUAACAAGAAAGUAUCUAUAUAUACAUAUGUAAAUAUUUAUAUAUAGAUAUAUGUAGCUUUCUAUAUGUGUAGUAGGUUGGCUUUAAUUUAAUAUACUUGAUUCAGAAACAAAAAUGAUAAAGAGUACAAAAGUGCCAAGCAGAACAUUCAACAUCCUUACUUUUAUUUCACACAGUUUUAUAUAUAGAUCGAAGAUUGUACAGUUUGAGCCGGGUGUUAGGCCAGCUGUUUUCCUUUGCCUGCUCUUUCUCCUUUGAGAGAUUGACAAAGCAUUUGUUAACAUCUUAUUAUUUACCUUGAUUACAUUUUUGUAACAAAGGAGUUUGUAACUUAAUUUAUACCUAUGAUAUAUUUCCAGGGACUGUGUCUCAUUGCUGAGCAGCUUUGAUGACGCCUCUGCUUGAGGAGAAAGUAGAGUCGAGUGCUGCUGCCGUGAGCUCGUUCUUGUGUUCAUGCAGUCCCUGCACAGAGCUUGCGCCUCCUGCUGUUACUCCAUCACUAGGAGCCAUUGCGUCCACUAGGUGUCCCUGAGUCAGCGUCAGUCGUCGUGAUUUUUAUUCGUAAAGGACAGAAGCUGUGUGAGGCAGUCCUGAUGUGAUCUCAGACAUGACUUAAUGAAGAGUUCCGGAAAUAAUCAUGUGAUAGCUCAGGAUAUCCGUUUAUGUUUCAUUACAUGGGUGGUAAAUUGUCAUUAAACUUACCUUUGAACCAUAAAUUUUCCCUUCUCUGUCUCAGAAGACUUGCAGCUAAUCUAAAAACCGGUGAUGGGUAAUGCGCACGUGUGUAUCUGUGCACCCACAUAUACUUACAUAUGGCUUACCCGGGAGAAACCUUACUAAACUGUUUGCCACAGAAGAGCAAAAUUAAUCCAAAUUUAUACCUCUUAAAUUUCUUUACCACAAGGCAUAGAGAGUGCAUGAUGGUGUUCUUCCUUUGCCCGAAGAUGUCUCGGGUAACUUAAUACUUUGUGUGAUUUAAAAGUAGUGUACCACGCUCCGCCAAUUGAUGUUAUUAUCCCUUCCCUUUUCUGCAAAGGUACUAUUGGCUGGAAGAAAACAUUCUGGUUAGCUUUGUAGGACUGUAGUCUUUCCCUAUAAUAGAUUUUUGUAGAAAAUUGGUUUUAUACUCUGAGUGGGGAAGGGCAGGUCGAAUCAAGGUUGAAAGCAUCUUAAUUUUGGGCACGCCCGCCUGCCACCGCUGUUCCUUCAACUGAGUGCUGCACGCCAUGGGCUCUGUCUGUGAGAGAAAUCCCGGUGCUUGGUGUCCUUGCAUGACAUGGAGUUUUGCAUGUAGAUCAAUUUAAAAUGUACCUCUUGUUUACAUAAUUUGCAUAAUUUUAAAACAUAAUGUUGCCAAACUUUGGAAAUGUUAACGUUCAAACUGAAAAUCUCCACCUGUAACUU